CAAAAUGCUUCGGAAGGGAGAUAACUCCCAUUAGAGAACGUGCUAUUUAUUGUCAACAUGGACCUUCAUCUACAGGUCAAACGACCAAACGUGUGCCAAAUACAGUUUCAGAAAUCAGUAGUUUGUUUACAAAAUACAAUUGCUGACAUGUUAUGACCCAUGCUAAGCGGUUGUCACGUUGUAUGAGAUCGAACAGACCGCUAAGCAGUGGCGAGAAUAUAGGCAAUGACAGUCAGUGAACGGUAGCACCAGCAGACUGGCGGAAUGCCCAAGUGAAAUUUCUCGCAAACCGGCUGCAUGGAUAUUGACAUUAAGUGUAUUGAUUUGUUCACGUGUCUUAUCGUAUAUUAGUCUGAACUUCAGGCUUAGCGUUUCUGGAUAAAUAUUUAAUGUCGAUGGUGUUGCUUGGUAAUACGCUAAAUAUUAACACAAGAAUUUCACCAAGAAUUCCCCAACCCUAGACCUGCUUGCUCAGCACGUUCACAGACAAUGCAUUCCAGUAUUCUUACAGUGGCAGCCUUGUCAAUGAUAUAUGUCGACUGGGCGGGUGCUUCUGUCGGAGACAGAUCCUGGUUUUAUCAGAAGUGUGUGAAAAACUGCAACACAAGCAACUGUAUCAACGAAGAGACGUUUCUUCAAAAACAACCAUAUCAUCUUCAGUUGUUGCAGUGGAACUGUACGGAUGAAUGUAAAUAUGAGUGUAUGUGGCCAACUGUUGAUGCUUUUAGACGUGAUGGAAGUGGAGUUCCUCAGUUCCAUGGGAAGUGGCCGUUUGUCCGCUUCUUUGGGAUACAGGAGCCUGCAUCCACUCUGUUCUCCAUCCUCAAUGCCUUGUCCCAUCUGGGGCUGAUCUGGUUUCGGUCGCAGGUGUCCAAGUCCUGCCCUCUCUACUACGUCUGGCACGGGGCGGCUAUGGUUGCGAUUAAUGCUUGGACGUGGUCCACUGUCUUCCAUACAAGAGAAACCAACUUCACCGAGAAAAUGGACUAUUUCUCUGCCUUUUCCAUUGUGCUUUACAAUGUGUUUAUCUUCAGCUGCAGGAUUCUGGGGACGAAAGGAAGGCGUCAGUGGGUGGUGGGUGUGUUCCUUCUCGUGAUCUACGCACAACACAUCCGCUUUCUCACUUGCACCAGGUUUGACUACGGUUAUAACAUGAAGAUAAAUUUAUUCUUUGGCAUGGGGAACAGCGUCGGAUGGUUGAUAUGGUGCGGCGUGAAGUACAAGAAACAACGCUAUGUGUGGAAGUGUGCUGCUUUUGUUUUAGGAAUCAAUGCGUUGUUGUUGCUGGAGGUGUUUGACUUUCCGCCAUUCUGGUGGAUGCUGGAUGCACAUGCACUGUGGCAUGCUGGGACGGCUCCCCUCGGGUUGCUGUGGUACAGUUUUAUCAUAGACGAUUCCCUGUAUCUGAAGCAGUGGGAAGAAGACAUGGCACUCAAACUGGAUUAACAACAACAACAACAACAACAACAACAGCAACAACAACAACUACAGAUAGCAUCAUCAUCAACAACACAAAGGAGUAACCUGCAAGAAGACUCGUCCGCUAUGGAUGAAUG